GCUACGGGCAGUGAUACUAAUGAUUUUCUCUCGUUUGCUAAGAUGUCAAUACUGAACCUGGAUCUCAGAUUGCUAUCUAUCCAUAGCUAUUUCACGAAUUCGAAAGGGCAAAAGGUGAAAUGAUGCGUUCAAAAGUCAAUAAGGUUAAGACCAACAUUUCGAAAUUUCUUGUCUGUGCGACUUAUCGACACACCUAACUUUACUUUUCUUUCCUCGCUCUAAGUGCAAAUCCUGCCACCUUCUGGUGACAUACAGGCAACAACAACAAUACAACACGCAACUGUUUCGAACAGCGUUUAUUGCACGACAAAUCGACCAAUCUUAGGCCACACAAGUGGCAACUGAAACAAUAUAGUGUUGUUGACUCUACAACCGACCAAGAGAGAAGCGUCCAUUUAAAAAACACCACUUCAUUUGGGGUGGAAAACAUGUUUCUGAAGCUUGAAAUCUUUCAACGUAUGAAGUGCCAUGGCUCAAACCGAGCCGUGCACUCGCACACAUGCAGUUUGACCGAUUUACACAUCGCGUGCGAACUAACCGCUUCUCGUGACAGCGGAACAGAUGCUUCUCAGGCAAAUGCUGCCUUCACUGCAGGAAGUGUAACGCAGCAGCACGGCGCAUGCUCUGGUGCCUCUUCGACAAGCGGAGGAUGAAUUAUCCCCUGCUGUAAAACGCUCUGUGGGGAGGGGGGAUGGCGGGUGCUGAGGUCGCUGUGUCUUCAGGGGAUCUCACGACGGUGAAGGAAGAGGAAGGGGCAUCCAGUGGCAACAACCAUAAUACUCAAGUCAUCCUGCAUCUGCAGCCCGUCCGGCAUGGGGUAAAUGAUGACAUUGCUGACACUGGUACUACAGUCUUGGCCAUAGAGACACAUCAUGAAGACAGUAAAGCAGAAGGAGAGGAGAUAGAGUAUGGCUACCCCAUCACCUGUGGAGACAGCAGAGCGGUUCUACUGUUUAAGAAGUUUGUGUGCCCUGGAAUCAAUGUCAGAUGUGUCAAAUUCAAUGACCAGCUCAUCAGCCCAAAGCAGUUUGUACACCUGGCAGGGAAAGCCACUUUGAAGGACUGGAAAAGGGCCAUCAGACUGGGAGGGGUAAUGCUCAGGAAAAUGAUGGACUCCGGCCAGAUAGAUUUCUACCAGCAUGACACUGUGUGCAGCAACACCUGCCGCAGCACCAAAUUCGAUGUGCUGAUCAACAGCACGCGGCUUCCUCCAGGGACCUUAGUGCAGCCGAGCCCGUCAUGUCUGGCUCUCGACUCUCUUGGAGGACAGGUGCCUCCCCUGACAGGAGAGGAUGUACUUGAUGCAGUAGAAGUAGAAGAGCCUUUGGAGAAGUUCAGCGCAACAGCAGAGUGGAACCCUGGUCCAGCCCGGCCUGUAAAGCCCACAACAGCCAAUGGACAUGCUGCAAAGAGAAAGAGGGCUGAUACACCUGAUGGAGUAUUGAGCCUGUGGAAGGGUGUUGCAGACUCUGGGCUGAUGGGGGAGGUCCUGUCCGGUCUCCAGACUGAAUUAUUAGCCACUCUAAAAGGAGUGGAGGAUCGCAGUGAGAAGGCCAACCUGCAGGAGACAGAUGCCGUCAUACUUAAUUCCCUGUGUAAGAUGUUUGGGCUUUUAGACUCAGUGAAGCAAGCUCUGGACCUGAAGCGCAGCCAGGAUGAAGAGAACAAAACCCAUAACAAUGUUUUUGUGCUGAAUGAUAUUUUGGAGGACCGGAGGAAGCAGGGUUGUGAUAAAAGCACCUCCUACAAAAAUAAAUCCUUGAAACACCUACAACCUCAGUCUCACAACCCGUCAAACAACCAAACCCACAACUUGCUGUCCCCUGUCAAAACAAGCCCAGUGAUCCAGCCUCUCUCUGUUACCGGUUUAUCUGCUGCAUCUUACCUGUUACCUCUCACCAUCAACCCUCAGCCCUUCACCCAUUUCUCUGCCUCCGCUGGCCAGUGCCACCAUCACCGAGCUGGCAGGACAGACAGGGAGACCCUGGAGAGAGAUGAGCUCAGUGAGACAGGGAACCAGGAGAAGCUUUACAGGCUUGGACAGGAGAACAUGGACAGAGAGGACAUUUCAAGGAUCCACAAAGAGCCUGAGCAGAGGACUGUUAAGUUUCAAGAAGACUCUCACCUUAGAAGUGAGGAAGCAGAGGAGACAGAGGGCUUGCAUGACAUUGAAAAGGUGGUUAUAGGAAGAAAGGCAUCAAACAAAAAUAAAAGUAAGUUAGGAUGAGAGACGAUCCCAAAGCUGGACUAAGUGAGACCUGAAGACUAAAAGGGGAAAAGAUUCAAAAACGUUACUUAGUCAAACUUCUUGUAUGCUCAUAUUUAUACUGUGGUUACUUCAGUUGUGGUUACUGCAGCGGUGUUACAGGCGCAGAUUUGUUCUUGCAAUUAAGUUGUAAAUGACAUUCAAGAAGAGCAUUUUGGACAUGCUUUUCUAACUUUUCAACAAUUCAAAAUACAGUAGAGCUGAAAUGAUUAGUCGAUUCAUUGAUUAGUUGGCAACAAUUUUGAUAAUCGGUUUAUCGUUUAAGUCAUUUUCUAAGCACAAUUGCCCAACAUUCACUGGUCCCAGUUUCUCAAAUGUGAAUAUUUGCUGGUUUUCUUAGUCUUACUUUUGGGUUUUGGACUGUUGCUCGAACAAAGAUUGUAAUGUUUGGCAAUAUGAAGACGUCACUCUGGGCUCUGGGAAAUUGCAAUGGGCAUUUUUUACUAUUUUCUGAUAUUUGAGAGACCAGAAGCAAUCGAAACAAUAAUCAGAAGUUUAAUUGAUAAUAAAAAUAAUCUUUAUAUCAUAGCCCUAAUUGCUGUCAGAUGUCUGUAAAUAUAAUAUUUAGUUGUAUUUAUGAUCUUGAUAACAUUUUCUAACUUUUUCAUGUAUUUGUGACAAAUUUUUCCUCAUACUUUUAUAAUUAAUUUCUAAGACUAUUUGUAAUUGAAAAUAUGUAUUUAGUCGAAUUUGAUAUAAUUUGGAUUUUGUGACAUAUAUCUCACUCUGGCUUGUAUUUAGGCUUUUGUUAUAAUGCCUAAGACCUGCCAAAGAUCUAUGCACCAGACAAUCACUGUCUGAACAAUAGAUUAUUCUUAAUUUUUGACAGUGAAACAAUAUAUAAAUGAAGUGUUGUGAAUGUGA